AUGAAGACGCCUGUAGAUGCAGCAAUGGGAGGAGGUUUGAUGGUUAAGAUGCUUAAUAGGCAAGUUAGUUCUAGUUCUAAUCAAGGAGUAAAUGUUGCAUGUUGUACAAUGUGCGGAAGAGAUCAUGAUGACUCUAUUUGUAUAAGUAUUGAGCAGAUUCUCUCAUACGGAAAGUUUUUCAAGGAGAUAAUGACCAAAAAGAGAAAAUUAGAAGAUAGUGAGACUACUGCAUUAACAGAGGAAUGUAGUGACAUUAUACAAAAUAAAUUGCCACCAAAGUUGAAGGAUUCGAGGAGUUUCACAGUUCUUUUCUCUAUUAAUAAUGUAGAGUUCUCUAAAGUAAUAAGUGACCUUGGUGCUAGUGUCUUAUUAAUUCCUUUAACUAUUGCUAGGCAAUUGGGGAUGAAUAAAUUAAAGCAUACUAACAUCUCUUUACAGUUGAUUGAUAGGUCUAUUAGACAUCUCUUGGGUAUAUUUGAAAAUGUGCUCAUUAAAGUACGAAAAUUUAUUAUUCCCGGUGAUUUUAUUGUUUUAGAUAUGAAGGAAGAUAUCAAUAUACUCAUUAUUCUUGAUUGGUCAUUUUUGGCUACUGCAAAUACUCUAAUAGAUGUUAAACGUGGUAAACUCAAGUUUCAAAUUGACAAAAAAGAGGUGGAGUUUGAUUUGAAUAAAUUGGAAAAGUAUCACUCUUUUAUUGAUAAUGUUUAUUUCAUUGACAUAUGUAAAGAACUGACACAAGAGAUGAGUCAAAUUAAACUAUACCAUGAUUCUCUUAAACUUUGUUUAAAUGGUGUAGGAUUGCAAGAAGAGAAAAUAGAAGAAAUGAUCAAGUAUUUGUAG